AUGAAGCAUCGGACAACUUCGGAGUGGCUUGACAUCUUGUCAAAGCCAUCAGAUAUACCGCAUGAACUGCUUUCAGAAUACAGAGAUGAUAUCAAUGCAUUAGUUAAAGGUGCUGCUGAGGAUACAAUGUUUGAUUUUGCCGAUGGAUACAAAGUCUGGCAAAUAUAUUAUGAGCAGGUAGUGAAGAAUCAGAAUAUGAACCUAUCACAGGCAAGUUCGAUAUGGAUGUGGAGGCUUGCGAUUCCAUCUAUUGCAAUUAAAGAUCUCUAUCAACAAUGUGUGGAAUGUCUAAGUGCGUACAGCUCAGAUAAUAAUUAUAUGGCUGCGAUGUCAAAAGUUGCUUCGAUGCAUUCUAAGACAUCCAGAAUAUCCGAUUCAAUGAUGAUGUACGAAAUACAUCUUGCAAGAAACAAAAGCGAUGAGUCUUACUGGAUCAAAUACAUGCUGUACUGCAUGGAAAAUGUUGAUUCCACAUCUUACGGAUUUGCCGAUAACAUUUUUGAAAGAAUGUGCCGUUUGUGCGAUCUUGGCUUGUUGAAUAUGUCAUUCGAGUCUUGGAAUAGAUACUGUACUAAGCGGAACGCGAGUCCGGAAACAAUAAGGUCCUUAACUACUAGAUUUCCCAACUCAUCGUGGGCCUUACAGUUGGUUGUGAAAAAGUACUCGUCCGAGAUUCAGAAGUUAUACGAAUUUAGGGCAGAACUAGAGUGCAUGCAUCCUUCAGAUGAAGGAACACAAAGAGUACUCGAGGGAAUACUAUGGCGGGUAAACAGGGUUGCAUCUUCAAUCACACAAACUCCUGAAAUUUCUUAUGUUGUAAAACAGGUUUUCACAUGGGCCUCGGAUCUAUCAUUAACGGAUGUGCAACGGACUUGCAUAUGCACAUUUUUGAGAUUUAAGCUUUCACACCAACUUUUAGACACAAUACACUCAUUCCUCCAUCUUGAUCGUGGUCCUGCUUCUCUGAUUGCUGAUGACUGGUUGUUCAGCCUCGAUAUCUGCGUGGCUUCUCUAGAUUUCAUCGAUGCUGAGGCUAGAGAUAGUAUCACUAAACUAUUUGAGAAAUGCCAUGCUAGCUUUUAUGGCAGACCGGAGUAUGCUCAGCUGAGAUCCAAAUGGAUGAUCUUUAAGACAAUGUAUAUUGAUGAGGAUAAAAAGUACCCGAUGGAUGACAUUCCAGGGGUAAAGAAGCGGGCUUUUAGUGAUAGUAAUAAAGUUAGCGCUGUAAAUUCUGCCAAGAGAAUGAACUCAGCACCACAUGCAAGUGGACUAACCCGGGCAUUAGAGGAAAAACGUGAAGUGUACAUCACGCAACUCGAUUUUAAUGUUGAUUCCGACGCUUUGAAAAGCCUAUUAUCAAAAGUGGAAAACAGAGCCAUCCAGGGAAGAAACAACGAUGGCUUCGCUUAUGUUACAUACGUGCUACCGGAAUCUGCCGAAAAGGCGGUUCAGGAGUUGGACAAUUAUGAAUUAUUUGGAAGGAAAAUACACGUAGUAUUAGCAGAUGCUGGAAAAGUUCAUACUAGAACACAUGGACGGAAACUCAAGCAGAUCAGAUUUAAUCAGUCGAGAACUGUUGUUUUACUGAAUGUGCAAUCUACCGCUAUGAGUGAUAUCAAGCAUAAAAUUGAGGAGAUUGGAAAGAUCACUAAGUAUGAGGAAAGACCAGAUUUACAUACAGUGGUUGCUGAAUUUGCUACAGAGAAGGAUUGUGGUUUGGCAGGCUUAAAGUUGGAUGGCUUUCCGAUGGCCGAAGGAGGCACUAUACGGCUUGGAAAUUUGGCAGCUUUAAGGAAGACCACCAAGAAAUAG